GCAAAAUAUUUUCAUCAUUAGACGUUAAAGUUUAUUAAAGUGUAUCAAAUGUUCUUCAUGAAUACUUUGUGCAUGGGAGUUAGAAUGAAAGAAAGAUUCGCUCUUUUAUAAACUUUUUCAUCUUUUGGAAUCAUUAUUUGAGCGCUUGAGGUGAGUGGGGGUUCAAAUUCUUAGUUAUGGGCUAUGGCAAUUAGUUUACUUUAAUAUUUACGUGAAAGAUGAUGAAAAUCAAGGCUAAAACAGAGAGCGGAUUCAGAUUGUGCAUUAAGGCGCCACUUCGAGUUGUUAAGAGAGCCAGAGAUUUGUAUAUCCGGAGCUUGUGGGAUUGUUCCGACAAGUUGACAUAUUCCGGCGGCGCCUUGAAUUUAAUGGGCUGUCCGGCGCCGGCGCAGCUUUCGCCACUGCCUCGGAGCUUUUCCGCGUUGAGCUCCGAGGACGAGGACUUGAGCGAGCUUGUUAGGGUCGCUUCUAGAAGAAGACUUAGAGGCAAGGAGGGACCGGACCGGCUCUGGCACGUGCAGCCGUUGAAGGCCCGCUCUGCUCCCGGACGGGGAGGAUUGCCGAGUGCCGCCGUGCCAGCUGGUCGUCGCAUGGUUGUGAUGGUGGCUAUUGCAAGGAUUGACGAAGACAAGCCUUGCGUGUGACAUGGAGAAGAAAAAGUCAAAUAUUUAGCUUAAUUUAGUCCAAAUACUCUCUAUCUUUUACUCUCUCCCUCCCAAAACAUCAGUUUUGCCUCUUCCGUUUCAUCUCCUCUUCAACUCUUCAAUCUUGCCGUUAUAGGGGGGAGAAGUUGUGUCAAACGGAAUAAAAAAACUUAAGUUCUAUAUCGAGAAAUGACUUAUGUUUUAGACUUAUUCAAUGCAAAUUUCACUACUACAAUAUUACAACCGGAACAACGGGAUAAUAGCAUGGAUGCCCCUUGUGGUUUACUAAAGAAACGUCAAAACCCAUCUACUUUCAAAAGUUAUUUGUAAAUUUCUUGUGGUUUUUAAAUAGUGCACAAACACCCCCUCUUGCCUAUUUUACACAUGAAAAGGCAUUUAUACCCUUGGU